UUACACAAUUUGAAAAUCAUCUUAUUCAUCAACUUCAAAAGACUGAAAAUUUUGUAUCUUCAAAAAUUCAAAAUCAAGAAAUAAAAUAUCAAAAUCUUAUAAAUAAAAUAGAAAACAGUUUUAAUAAUUUCAGAAUAAAUUUUGAAAACGAAAAAACAAUAGAUCAAAAAUUAGAUGAAUUAAGUAAAAAAUUAAUACAAAAAAAUCCUUUAAUUAAUCUUGAAUCAAAAAUUGAUCAAAUUAUAAAAAACUUAAAACUUAAAUUUUCAUCUGAAAAAUCACUUGAUGAAAAAAUAAAUGAUAUCAUCAUAU